UGGACCCAAAGGUUCCAUUUAGACACUGCUAUAGAACAUGAAGCCGAUGUGAUCUGAUAUCGAAAACGAACGCUCUGAAAUCAAAGUAACCAGCGGAUUGUUCCCAUCAAGCGCUUUGAGACGGCGAGAGAUCAAGAUCUAUAAAACCUGGACCGCGCGUACAAUCAAUCCAAGAGCUCUUAGUGUCGCGCUUUGCAAGAUAGGAACGUACAUCAUAUUUUAAAGAAUGACAACUGACUACGCAUUGUACGUCCUUUCCAUCCUGACGUUCGUCGCUAUAAAGGUCUCCUUUACUGGCGCCCGAUCCAAUAAUCUAGACUAUUUAGAAUCUUCGCCGAAUCUAAAUGACAGACUGGACAAAAUCAGAUCGUUGUACGCAUUCAUGAACGAGGCAGAUGAAACUCCCGAAAAGCGACGGUCGUUGUUACGCUUUGGAAAAAGACGGUCCUUGUUCCGUUUCGGCAAGCGAGGAAGCAUCCUUCGAUUCGGAAAGAGAAGCGGGUAUGCGCCAUACACAUCAGACGACUACUUACCUUACUACCCAUCUCAAAGCUUUGACGGGCCUCGAGACUUUGAUGAGUUUGGUCUGCCAGAAAAGCGGAGUACAUUGUUUAGGUUCGGCAAGAAAUCGAGCGGCGUGGACAUGAAAGACUUUGAGCGUGACAAUAGCAAGAAGCCGCACACACCUUGGCGAUUUGGUCGUGAGGAGGAGGAGGAGGAUUUAUCUAGCGAGAAAACCGAUUGAUGUAUAUCAAUGUCUUUAACAUGCAUCGUUCGUGAUGCUACAUUACUACGCCAUUGACUGACUCCUUACACCGUUGCUCUUUAAUAAUGACGAUCUUUUUUAAAAAAAAAACAUAAUCCUUCAACUGAAACUAAUUCUUAUUAACGUCAUACAUAAUAAAAUAAUACAUCAAUA